CAGCGACUCCAUUAGACAGUCGAGACGGAAUCCCAGGUCUCAUUCAGUUCUGACACGAAUGGACGCGCUAUUUCCUGCUGUGGCUGAACUGAACAGGACACACGGCAGACUGAAGACAUUCGCCACGCAGAUAUAUAGAGACCAAAAUGGUGCUGUUGGCAGCGGCGGUGUGCACCAAGGCCGGCAAGGCCAUUGUGUCGCGGCAGUUUGUGGAAAUGACCCGAACACGUAUUGAAGGUCUACUGGCUGCAUUCCCUAAACUGAUGAACACGGGCAAGCAGCACACUUUUGUUGAAACAGACAGUGUCCGCUACGUGUACCAGCCACUCGAAAAACUGUACAUGGUCCUCAUCACCACCAAAAACAGCAACAUUCUGGAGGACCUGGAGACUCUCAGACUUUUCUCACGAGUGAUUCCAGAAUACUGCCGUGUGCUGGAAGAGAGUGAAAUAUCUGAGCACUGCUUUGACCUGAUCUUUGCCUUCGAUGAGAUUGUCGCUCUGGGCUACAGAGAGAAUGUCAACCUGGCUCAGAUCCGCACUUUCACAGAGAUGGAAUCCCACGAGGAGAAGGUGUUCCGAGCUGUCAGAGAGACUCAAGAAAGAGAGGCCAAGGCAGAAAUGAGGAGGAAGGCCAAGGAGCUUCAACAGGCCAGGAAGGACGCUGAGCGUUCUGGAAAGAAGGUACCUGCCUUUGGUGGCUUUGGCAGCGGCGGCAUGACCAGUGUCUCUUCAGGGUCCAUUAUCACAGACACCAUUGUCGAGCCAGAGAAACCCAAGAUGACACCCACUCCAGUCAGGGCAAGUGGAUCCAGCAAGGCUCUGAAACUAGGCGCUAAAGGCAAAGAAGUGGACAACUUUGUUGACAAACUUAAGUCCGAGGGUGAAACCAUCAUGCCCUCAUCAGGAAAAAGAGGAUCAGAAAUAUCAAAGGCUCUGCCCCCACCAGUCAACAUGGAGGGUGUCCAUCUCCGUGUGGAGGAGAAGAUCUCGCUGACCUGUGGUCGCGACGGUGGCCUACAGAACAUGGAGUUGCUGGGUUUAGUGACGCUCAGGGUCACAGAUGACAAAAAUGGCCGCAUUCGCCUCAUCAUCAACAACAAUGAUAAUAAAGGAUUACAGUUGCAAACACAUCCAAAUGUGGACAAGAAGUUGUUUACAGCAGAGUCAGUGAUUGGCCUGAAGAACCCAGAGAAGUCGUUCCCUCUCAACAAUGAUGUUGGUGUCUUGAAGUGGAGACUACAGACCACAGACGAGUCCCUCAUACCUCUAACCAUAAACUGCUGGCCUUCAGAGAGUGCCACUGGCUGUGAUGUAAACAUUGAAUAUGAGCUGCAGGAGGACAGCCUCGAGCUGAACGACGUGGUCAUCAGCAUCCCUGUACCAUCUGGGGUAGGCGCUCCCGUCAUUGGUGACUUGGACGGAGAGUACAAACACGACAGCAGACGAAACAUCUUGGAGUGGUGCCUACCUGUCAUUGAUGCCAACAACAAAACCGGCAGCCUGGAGUUCAGCAUCGCCGGCCAGCCUAAUGAUUUCUUCCCUGUCAAUGUGUCCUUUGUCUCCAAGCGCAACUACUGCGACAUCCAGGUUACCAAAGUGACACACGUAGAUGGCGACAGCUCCGUUAGAUAUUCUUCAGAAACCUCCUUCACCGUCGACAAAUACGAAAUCCUGUAAAAAGAAAAUAUUCAGAAAGCGACAGCAUUAUUAAAAAAACGAAAAAGAAUCACCAACAAAAAAAGUCCUACGCUACAGAGAUAGAAUGAAGAUUUCUUGCCUGCCCACCCUGUAUAUGUUUUCAGAGACUGUGUACAUCAACAGGACUACAUCAGCUCUCUGGCCAGGCCUCUUUCCAUGGUGGAGCAGAGCAGCGGUGGUGUAUUUAUAUGUUUGUAUGACAGAGGAUCAUCUAUAUAUAGAGUUAAUUGAACAGGUAGAAAAGCCAACAGAUCCACACUUAAAAUCGAGAGGAAACGUCACUGAUGCUGUAGUGUUGUGACCAACAACAGAAGUAACGAGGACUUGACACAAAGUAGAGGAUGACUGUGUGGUGGGUGAGGGUGAGAGUGAGGCUGGGGGAGGCGGGAUCCGGCAUCAGUCCUCUCACGAAGGAGCACUGGUGGUUUAGCAUGCUCCUCACACUUUGCUCCUUCACACUUUCAUGGAAAUGGUCUUGGAUGGGGUUGUACUCUCUGUUUUUCCAGUUUCCUUUUCUCUGACGACUGCAGCGCCGUGGCUGUCUCAAUCAUUCAGCUGUUGUGAUUUACUCUGUGGAUUUCUCACUUCUCAUGAUAAUGUUUUUCCUUUCUGAAUAAUGUACUCUCUUUUUUUUUUUACGAGGGAGGUUACCCUACGGUUCUGUGCUGGAAGGCAGGAUAGAGCGCUGUGCUUAAACUAUUUCCCCUCUGUUUACAACUGUCAACAGUAUCAUUUUGACCUUUUACUGUAACUUCCAUCUGUUUGGUUUUUUUUUACUUUUCCAGGGUAAAUUCUAAAAAAAAUCAUUUGGAUUCUGACAGCGUAGAUCAGAACUUCACGGGGGAUUUUAAGCUGCAGGAUGUCACUUUACUUUAAAUUUGACAUCGGCAUCCAUCCGCAUCUUUUUUUUUUUUUUUUUUUGGUAACAUGAACACUACCACUUUUUGUUUUGAGGGAAAAAAUGCCUUUUUUAAUCUGCUUUAUUUUUUUCAGCCAAUGAUCAGGCCUUAGAUAGGACAGAGUACAAAACAUUUUGAGCUCAGCCCAAAGAGAACACCAAAGCCCUUAAUCUACCAUCUCAAAGGGCUUCACAGAGCUGAGAGAGGAGUGAGGGUAAAAUAAUGCUGUGAUCACACAGCAGCAGUGCAGGCAUCUCAGAAUGUUGGACCUGAUUCCAUUCAUGUCCAAGACAAGCAGACGCAGGACAACUGCUACACCACUGCUCAUCCACCCCAGUCAUCCUUUACUUACACUUCAUAGUACUUCAUUAUCCCAAAUAAAACUUUUGUCUUUCAUAUGUUCUGUUUUUUGUUUUUGUUUGUUUGUUUUUCAUGUUCUGUUUUUUUUUGUUUUUGUUUGUUUGUUUUUCUUCCAUUUGUACUCCCCAAAUUUCAAUUGAGCAAUGGCUGUGUGGAUGUGGGGGUUGAAAGUGGUUAUUUUGAGCAUUUUUAACAAAAUUUCUGAAGGGGAAUCUUAACAUUCCAGUGUACAAUUAGAAAAAAAAUUCUUUAAUGGAAUAAAAUGUAUUAUUGAAAAUGUAAAA